AUGAUAAAAACUAUCAUUGAAGCGGAGUCUGGGCAUGCCUGUGAGGAUUUGAAUCUAGAGCCAAUACAAAGAAGACUUCAAAAUUUGCUUCAAAGUAAACGAUAUUUGCUUGUUUUGGAUGAUGUAUGGGAUGAUGAGCAAGAAAACUGGUGGAGGUUGAAAUCUGUACUGGCUUGUGGGGCGAAAGGUGCUUCCAUUUUGGUGACUACUCGUCUUUCAAAGGUUGCGGAAAUCAUGGGAUCAGUACCUCCUCAUGAAUUAUCAAUGUUAUCCAACAAUGAUUUUUGGGAAUUGUUUAGAGACCGAGCCUUUGCACUAGAUGAGGCUGAGCAGGUGGAGCUUGAGGUCAUAGGGAAGGAGAUAGUAAAGAAGUGUGGUGGAGUACCUCUUGCAGCCAAGGUAUUGGGAGGUCUUUUACGCUUCAAAAGAGAGGAAAAAGAGUGGCUCUACAUAAAGGAAAGCAACUUGUGGAGUCUACCUCAGAGUGAAAACUCUGUAAUACCUGCCCUGAGAUUAAGUUACUUGAACUCACCACUUAAACUCAGACAAUGUUUUGCUUAUUGUGCAAUAUUUCCCAAAGAUAAAAGAAUAGAGAAGCUAUAUGUAAUUGAACUUUGGAUGGCUAAUGGAUUCAUUUCAUCUAAUGAAAUAUUAGAUGCUGAAGAUGCGGGUGAUGGAGUGUGGAUAGAGGGUUCCAUUUGGCAGAAUUGGGCAUUGAAGCUUAAAGGAAAUCUUAAAAUAAAGCAUAUGGGGAAAGUGAAAAGUGUAAAGCAUGUCAAAGAAGCCAAUAUGUCAAAUAAGAAACUAAAUAAUUUGUGGUUGUCGUGGGACAGUAAUGAAGAGCCUGAAUCACAAAAAAAUAAUGAGCACAUUCUUGGAGUGCUUCAGCCUGAUACGCAACAUCUUCAGUCUUUGACUGUGGAAGGAUAUCAAGGUGUCUAUUUCCCACAAUGGAUGUCUAGUUCUUCUCUCAAAUAUUUAACUUUCUUAAAGCUGCAGAACUGCAGAAACUGUUUACAACUUCCACCUUUGGGGCAACUUCCUUCUCAGACAAGUCUAUCUAUAUCUAGCAUGAUUCAUGUAAAAUACUUACAUGAGGAGAGCUAUGAUGGUGCAGCUUUCAGGGCUGUAAAGGAUCUUACACUUUGGAUGCUGCCAAACAUAAUAGGGUUACCAAGGGAGGAGGAUGGGAAAAACAUGUCACCAUGCCUUUCAAAACUUGAAAUUAUAGAAUGUCCUAAAUUGUUGGGUUUGCCUAGUCAUCCAUCUAUCAUUAAUCUAAUUAUAUAUGGGGAAUGCAACCAAGAUUUACUAAGUUCAAUUCAUAAACUCAGUAGUCUUAAAUUCCUGUGGUUUAAUAAUAAUGAAGAGUUAAGUUGGUUUCCAGAUGGGAUGCUACAAAACCUUUCUUCUCUUGAGGGACUAAUUUUAAGUGGGCUCUCCAAACUUGAGGUACUCCCAACUGAAACUAUUAACCUUAGUUCUAUCCAAUAUCUGUCUAUCCCGGACUGCAACAGCCUCGAGUUAUCGUUGCAUGGGUUGCAUCCUCUCAAGAGAUUAAAAAUUUUGGGGUGUCCUAAGUUCAAUGCGUCGGCAGGUUUUCAAUGCCUCGAGACUUUGUUAAUUGACGGAUGCAGAGAGGUGGAAGGUUUGCAUGAGGCUUUACAAUAUAUGUCUGCUCUCAAGAAGUUAACCUUAAUGGAUCUUCCAAACCUAGAAUCCUUGCCUGAUUGCUUUGGACACCUUCCCUUGCUUCACCAAUUGACUAUUGUCAACUGUCCCAAGUUAACCAGCCUUCCAGCAAGCCUAAGCCUGAGCAAUCUGAAACUAUUGCGUAUUUGUCGUUGUUCUGAGUUAGAGAAACGAUGUGAGAAGGAAACGGGAGAGGACAGGCCAAAAAUAGCUCACAUUCCUGAUAUUAAACAUUUUGAUGACAUCAUAUUAGUGGUGUUUGAAUUGUCCGAUGUCGUUAAGAAAGGAAACAGAUUUGUUGUUGUGACUAUUCCACUAUGCAAAAUUCUUAUUCUGUUGUGCUGCACUACUUUUACUUCUCCUGAAGCUGGAAAUUAUAUUCUUUUUGUGAUCAGUAUUCUUGGACUUGGAGAUCAAACUUUAGAUGAUUCGUGCAGGUGGUGUUGUUUGAAGAUUUUGGUUUGUCUUCCUUUCAGUUAA